AUGCGCAGCGCUGCCGUCGUUGCUGGGGCCCUGGCCCCGGCCGUCCUCGCCGCCACCACGGCCAAGAACGUCAUCUAUAUUGUGCCCGAUGGCUACGGCCAGGCCUCGCAGACCAUGGCACGAGACUAUGUCUCCCUCAUCGAGACUGGCACGACGCCGCGUGCCCCCAGUAUCUUUGAGCUGCAGGCCGACCAGAUGGUCCGCGGUCUGGUCCGUACCCACGCCAGCAACAACCUCAUCACCGACUCUGCUGCUUCCGGUACCGCCUUUGCCUGUGGCUUCAAGUCAUACAACAAUGCCAUCGGCAUCACUCCUGAUUUUCAGCCCGUUGGCUCCAUCCUCGAGGCUGCCAAGCUUGCUGGCCUCAAGACCGGUCUCGUCGAUCUCUUCGGCUACGCCGAGGACCACGGCUACCAUGUCAUGCAGAACCGUGACGAGUUCGAUGCGCUUAAGAAGGGUCUCGGUGACAUCCGGAUCCCCUUUAUCGGCCUCUUCAACGACGACCAGCUUAAGUAUGAGAUGGACCGCAAGAUUGACCAGGACGAGCCUUCGCUCCUUGAGAUGGUCGAGACGUCUCUGAACGCCCUCCACCGCGCCACCCACUGCAAGGAGAAGGGAUACUUCAUCAUGAUCGAGGCCUCGCGUAUCGAUCACGCCGGCCACGCCAACGAUGCCGCGGCCCACGUCCACGAGACCAUCAUGUAUAACGAUGUCAUGGGCUUUGUCCGUGAGUGGAUCGACGAGCACGACGACACGGUUCUCAUGUCCGCCGCCGACCACGAGUGCGGCGGACUGACGCUCAACGGUUUCAACCCUCUACCCCUGCAGAAGGCUAGGCGCUCGCGCGAGGGUGUUGAGCGCCUCUGGAGCGCUCGCCCCUCGGGUGCCGACCGUCGCGAGUACCUCGUGUCCGAGAUUCUUCCCGAGUACGGCCUCGCCGACGCCAGCAGCGCCGAGAUCACGAGCCUGCUCGCAGCGUCGAACCUGGGCAGCGCACUCGUCUCUCUGCUCAGAUCCCGCGCCGGUGUCAACUGGUCGACGGGCGGCCACACGGCGUCAGAUGUGACGCUGUUUGGAUAUGCCGCAGGUGACAAGGCUGAGGCGUUCAAGGGCGAGCUGGCCGGCCACUGGGACAACACGGAGCUGCCGCGUAUCGCCGAGAGGGUGCUUGGCGUGGACAUGGACGAGGUGACCAAGCUCCUGCGCGCCAACGGCACGAGCUGGGUGACGAAGCGCGAGUUUGGGACUAGCUCGAGCGGUCACCACACGCACUAG